AUGUUGCAAUUUAAACUGGUUUUACUAGGCGAUUCAUCAGUGGGUAAAUCGUCUAUCGUAAAUAGAUUCGUCAAGGAUACAUUUGAUGAAUUCCGUGAAUCUACUAUCGGCGCAGCAUUUUUAUCACAAAGUAUCAAGAUUAAGGAUCCAAAGACAAAUCAGGAUGUUAUAAUAAAAUUUGAGAUCUGGGAUACUGCAGGUCAAGAAAGGUAUAAAUCUUUGGCUCCAAUGUAUUAUAGAAAUGCCAAUGCAGCUUUAGUGGUUUAUGAUAUCACAAUAGCAGAUUCUUUAUUGAAAGCUAAAUCAUGGGUAAAUGAAUUAAAAGAAAAAGUAGGAAAUAGUACCGAUGAUAAUGAUAAUGAUAAUGAUAAUAAUAAUAAUAAUAAUAAUCUUGUUAUUCAUUUAGUAGGCAAUAAAUUAGACUUAGUAGAAGAUGAUCCAGAGAUGCGAUCAGUGGCAACUGAAGACGCAGUAAAAUAUUCUACAGAUGAAAAUUUGUUAUUCAAGGAGGUUAGUGCAAAGACUGAUUUCAACAUUAAAGAAGUAUUUCAAACAAUAGGUGAAAAACUUUAUGAAAUUAGGCAAAAAGAAUUAGAUAAUAAUAAUAAUAAACAAAAUAAAGGUGAAAUUAAUAUUAGUUUGCCAAGACCAUCUACGAAUGAUUCAACAUCUUGUUGUAGCUAA